AUGGAAACGGAAAGACGACGAGAUGAAACCUUAAACCGAACACCAUUUGCUGACGGUUUGAACUCUUACAGGAACAAGAGAUUGUCCAAGGGCAAGAAGGGCCUCAAGAAGAAGACCGUCGACCCCUUCACCCGCAAGGACUGGUACGCCGUGAAGGCCCCUACCACCUUCGCCACCCGGGAGUCCGAACAAUACGAGAUGACAGGUUCUAACUAUCCCUCCUUUUACAGUGUCGGCAAGACGCUCGUCAACCGCACCUCCGGUCUGAAGAACGCCAACGAUGCCCUGAAGGGCCGCAUCAUCGAGGUUUCCCUUGCUGAUCUGCAGAAGGAUGAGGAGCACUCGUUCCGCAAGGUCAAGCUCCGGGUUGACGAGGUCCAGGGCAAGAACUGCCUGACCAACUUCCACGGCCUGGACUUUACCUCGGACAAGCUGCGGUCGCUCGUCCGCAAGUGGCAGACUCUGAUCGAGGCCAACAUCACGGUCAAGACCACCGACGACUACCUGCUGCGCCUGUUCGCCAUUGGCUUCACCAAGCGCCGCCCGAACCAGAUCAAGAAGACCACCUACGCCGCCUCUUCGCAGAUCCGCGCCAUCCGGAGAAAGAUGACCGAGAUCAUCCAGCGCGAGGCCAGCAGCUGCACCCUGCAGCAGCUGACCGCCAAGCUGAUCCCCGAGGUCAUUGGCCGCGAGAUUGAGAAGUCCUCCCAGGGCAUCUACCCCCUGCAGAAUGUCCACAUCCGCAAGGUCAAGAUGCUAAAGCAGCCCAAGUUCGACCUGGGUUCUCUGCUGGCCCUGCACGGCGAGUCGGGCGGUGGCGAGGAUGGCCAGAAGGUUGAGCGCGAGUUCAAGGAGGUUGUCCUGGAGGAGGUAUAA